UGUCAGAUGUGAAGACCUAACAUCAAACCACGCGUAGUCUGACACAGGCAACCGACACUACGAAUAUCCGACUCGUGUUCGCGGCUGUUAAAGAAACAAUCCUACAGAAUGCUCUGAAAGACUCGGGCAUUCUAUAGAGACGAUUCGGCUCUCUCGACUCGAGGCAUUAUACGCUUUUAGGGCAAGGUUGUCAAAAACCAAACCUGCCACGCUCUGAUCACGGCUUUACGUUCUCUCCUACUAAUCACCACCAUUUCCCUUCCCUUGUCUUUUUCUGUUGUUUUUCUUCAUCCAAUACUCCCUUAUGUUUAGUGGAUAGGCAUCGGCGUUGCGGUGCUAGUCUCAUCUCAGUUCAACAUGUUAGGCGCUGGGUUGGGUCAUACUGGAUCACUGUGGCUAGGUGUCUCCUAUCCUCACAUCCUUUUUGAUUUUUAUUUCUCUUUCAGGCGGGUAUAUUUGGUGUCUUUUUUUAUCUUAUCUUAUUUUAUUCGCUGUUUUCUUUUUCCAACCCUUUUCCUGCUUUUGUUUGGCCUGGGAUUUGAUGAGCAUGUUCUGAAGAAAAAAAAGUUUUAUUUCCCUCGGCUUACUUUUGCAUAUAGCCCGUGCGAGGUUUUUUCUUUUUCUUAUUUCCCCCCUGAUAUCCUUUCCUUUUCUAUACGCAACGGGGGUUUUGUCUUGUCUCAGCUUGUUUCAUCGAUAUUCGACAUUUUUCGCAUCCCGUGGUGGUUUCCCUUUUUGACAGUUGCUUGCAAUUACUGCGAACUAUACCAUUCAAUGUUAGCGUGUUCUUUUCCGCCGAAUGUGUUAUCCAUCGGAUUUUUUCUACCUUAUUAUUCUUGACAUUCUCGCCGUCACUAGCAUGCGUGGUUAUUGGAA